AACUUAUAUAGUAUAUGAUAUAUGACGCCAAUAUCAUCAAGAGAGAGGCCACCAGCCACUCCCUCAAACCUGUCUCACCAACUCACAUCUAGAAGCAAUUAGGGUAACUUUUCUCUCUCCUCCCCCAAUAGGAGUCAAAAUCCUAUAUAAUCCAACUUCAAGUCCUCAAACCUCAAAAGGGCCGGCCUUGAUGCACAAGCACCUCCAAGGCUAGAGUUCCAUUUCUACACCAUCAUCACAGCAACGACCAAACAGAGAAAGAAAAACAGAAAAUCUCUGAGCCUUGGCUAGUAAAUUGACUUGUAAUUUCAAUAUUACAUGGGAAGGUCACCUUGCUGCGAGAAAGCUCAUACCAAUAAAGGAGCAUGGACCAAAGAAGAAGAUGAUCGGCUCAUCGCUUAUAUCAGAGCUCACGGCGAAGGUUGCUGGCGAUCACUUCCCAAGGCCGCAGGGCUUCUCCGAUGCGGCAAGAGUUGUCGUCUCCGAUGGAUCAACUACCUGAGGCCUGACCUCAAACGUGGGAAUUUUACAGAAGAAGAAGACGAGCUCAUAAUCAAACUUCAUAGUCUCCUUGGUAACAAGUGGUCUCUUAUAGCUGGAAGAUUACCAGGAAGAACAGACAAUGAGAUAAAGAAUUAUUGGAACACCCAUAUAAGAAGAAAGCUUCAGGGUCGUGGCAUCGAUCCAGCGACUCACCGGCCAAUCAACGAGCCUGCGCAGGAAGUCACAACCAUAUCUUUCGCCAGUGCAACUUCUAAAGAAGAAGAGAAGAUGACUACUGGUUUUGUAUGCAAAGAAGAGAAGAGCCCGGCUCGCGAACUGUGUCCUGACUUGAACCUUGAGCUGAGAAUUAGUCCUCCUUAUCACCAACAAUCUGAGCCAUUGAAGACUGGAGGGAGGACUAGUACUAUAUGUUUUUCUUGCAGCUUGGGAAUUCAAAAUAGCAAAGAUUGCACUUGUAGUAGUGGUACCAGUAGCAGUAGCUCUGGUUAUGACUUCCUAGGGUUGAAAACUGGUGUCUUGGACUACAGAAGCUUGGAGAUGAAGGGAAUAUGGAUGGGUUUGAGUUAUGUAUCAAAAAAAGGAGGGAAGGGAGAGGGAUGAGGACAGAGAAGAAAGAAAUGAGGAAGAGAGUGGUAUUAGGUUAAAAUCUUUCUGACUUUCUCUUGUUUGUUUGUAAACCUCUAUAAGUUACAUAGCAAUAUAAUACCAGUACAGAUUACCAUUCGAUUAUGAUUUGGAAAAUUUGGUGAAUGUUUUGCGUUUAUUGAGUGAGGGGCAAUUGCUUUGUUUGUUUCUCGGUAUGAGUUUUCUUCCUUUUCAAUAGAGUUUCGUACUCUUGGUAUGGUUGUUGCAGAACGUUAUUGCUAGCAGCAAGUAGAGAUAGAAUUACUGAGGUCCAUAUGGGUGGAAACUGGAGAGAGUGGUACUAUUUGUUUUGUUAAAAAGAAAAGAUGGAUGUGUUAUCCA